AUGGUGGUCACCAAGGAUACAGUUACGAUUGAAGAACUAAUGCGAUGGUACACUCUUCAAGAAGGACACACUGUUCAACUAAAAGAUGCUGAUCCAAAUGAGCUUCAGCUUUUUAUUGACAAUAUGCCCGCCUCUACCAAAGGUAAGAGUGUGAAAUAUGGUUUUUGAUAAAAAGAUGAAUAAGAUUGAACUUACUGUAUGUACGUAAGUUUAGAAACAGGGAGCUCAAGCUUAUGACGAGAGUACAGUUGACUCCCGAUAACUCGAACCCUCGCUAACUCGAACCAAAAUCGAUUUCCCCUGGAAUUCCGUCAUACAUUUACUGUAAUUUUACCCUCGGUAACUUGAACCGUCGAUAACUCGAACCUCCCGAUAACUCGAAGUAAUUUUUGUUUCCCCUCAGAUCAAUUAUAUAUAAUUUUACCCUCGAUAACUCGAACCAUGUUUUGAGCCCUUAAAAAGUAGGUAAAAAACAGUGUACUGGCAUCCGAAACAUUGAAUUUUGAAUUUCCCAUUGACGUGUACGCAUAUAGUUUUCUAAUGGAGGCUGAUGUUGUUUGUCACAAAUCUAUGUGAAGCAGCUUCACUUUUCAAAACAGUAAAACCCAUGCUCUAUUUAGGCAAUGGUUGCGUUCCGUUCUGAUUUAUAAUGUAGAAGUAUCUUUCAAUUUUCACUUAACAUUUCUACAAUUAAGUGUGAUUAAAAUGUUCACUGUGCAGUAAAAACUGUUUUUUCCUUACUCACGGCAAGGUUUCAUCGAGCUCCCGAUAACUCGAACUCUUUUCGAUUUCCCUUGAAGGUUCGAGUUAUCGGGAGUCGACUGUAGUUAGUUUGGUUUUUUGAAUUGAGAAGCAUAUGGUUUAACCCGCACAUAUGUAUGAAUAGCCGGGCUUAAAUAUUUAACAUUGAUGAGUGAAAUAUCCAGACUAAAUUUUAUAAAUUUUAUAAACAUUAACGCCGGCUUAUGAAUUUGGUCGACCGGCAAUCCUCGCGUCAAAACGCGCUGUGGACAGUGUCAAGAGGGUUAGACUACAAGAACAACAUUGAUGUACUUAAAAAGAGCAUAAUAUCGGGCUGGCCCCAAUUCUAGUGAUUUGGAGUCAACAAAGCAGAUCAUAUUUAAGACUAAAUGAAAGCUUAGAGUCAAACAUUAGUUAGACUUUCUGAAAGCCCGUUUCCAUUUUUCUGUUUUUUUUUUAGACUAUUUCUCUUUACACGUUCUGUGGGUAAUUUAUCAACCAAUACGAGAUGGAUCUGGGAAGAGCCACAUGAUUGUAUUUUUUACCCCAUCAUUUGGUUGUUUCUAAAGGCGUAUCUCACGUAAGCCCAGAAUGUUGAAACGCUCAAUAGUGCUAGCCUAUCCAUCGCAAAAUUAAACAAGACUUACCUGUAAGUUGAAGUUUGACUGAGAUUGCUGGGAACCGGUAAAAGAAAAAAGGAAAUAUAGUUUGAAAUAGAGUACUAGCCCGCACAAGGCUUCAAACUAGAGUAACGGAAAGAAAUAUACAUGUAGAAUACUACAUGGAACGAGUACGCGCGUACGGUCUUUGUGCACGAUGGGAGCUCCCAUUGCCUCAUAAUGUUUCCUGAACUUCGCUUGGCAGGACAUUUCAACUGAACUGACUAAACAAUUCAAGACGUCCAAAAGCAGUAUUUUAUGGUACAUGUAGUCUGUGUCGGGAAAGAGGUCACUUGACGGCCAGUAAGUACUUUUAGUAUGUACCAAAACAGUGGAUAGUGUUUUUCGCGCGCUCUGAUUGGCUACUCAAUCAGUGACUAUCCUGCACUAUUCACUGAUUCACCUCCAGUUCCUUCGAGCGAGCGACGCCAAACUCGCGUAGGUUGCGAGCAAAAUGCUUUCCCGGUUUGCUGCCGUAACAAACUAAGAAAUUUCACAACUAAUCAAGGAAGCUAUUUCCGAAAUACAUGAAGAAGGUGACGAAGUUCGGUUUGGAAGUUUUAACAGGUAAAGCUUUGUCUUUUUGACUUGAAUAGUUAUCGAUAAAACAGGUGAAAAAGUUUUUUGUUUACAAAUGCAAAUUAAGCGUAAGUCUUGCGUUACUUUAUUUAGUUGACUUGUUCAUAAAUAAGCUUAAAACUAAAUUUAAUAAUCUUUUUUACAGAAUUAUUUUAAAUACAAACAGAAUUCACAACUCCUUUUGAAGAAACUUCGCCGCAAGAGCAAAAAAAACGCCUUCAAAAGUUUUAUUUGUCGCUAAGAAAAAGCGACGACCGCGGCCGUUCGGUCAUCGCGCGCCAAAAUUGUAAUAGUUGGCAACAGUAAAUGAGUUAAAAAUCAUUAUUUUGUGCUCAAUUAUCUCACUGUUUUAGUAUAUACUAAAACAAUUAUUCACCUCAGUGUCGGUGGCUAGUAUUGGAUAUUUACCUCGCCGCUUCGCCGCCUCGGUAAAUAUCCAAUACUAGCCACCUCCACUUCGGUGAAUAACUGUUAUUGAAAAAAAGUGUUCAAAAUGACACAUGAAAAAGUCUGGAGUACAUAUCAUCGAAAGGGCAAACUUUUGAUCAUUCCAAGUGGCUUCGUCCCGUGAAGGAGUCAAUUGCAGCAAUUAAAGGGAAGCGACGGAAGAAUUAUCGAAAAGCAAACGAAAGGAGACUUUGAUUAACAGUCUAGAUAAACGUCAUAUGUGUACAUUGCUAUCGCUCUGUCGGGUCUGUCACAGCUAACAACCAUGAGAGGAAAAUCAUCAUCGGAGACGAUGGACUCCCAAUGCUCUUUGCUAAUGUGAAUGUUAUAGCUGACUUCAGUUGGUAAUUACCUGAUAAUCUGAAAAGAUGUUUUUAGAAAUUAAAAUUGAUCGUCUGUCAAAAUGCUUUUUAGCGAAUCGACUGUAUCAUACGUCUUGUAUGAUUUCUUUAGCAUGCGAUUUCCUUGGGAGCACGUUUCCUAACCUGAAAUCUAAAAUACAUUUAUGCCGGUAAAAAUGAGGGUUCGCUCAAGGAAGGAACUGUUUUUGAGAAAUGGCAGUUAACAAACAAACAACCCUUAGAGACGAUGGGUGCAACUAAUUCUGAAUAUUAAUUUCAUCUUCUUUUGACGGGUUGUUUUGUAUUCUCUCCGUUUGACGCACGUUUUAUUUUGUAUAAAAUUCAAAAUUUCUCCGCCUAACGAUUUGUUGACUACCAAGUGGUUUCGUCCAUUUACACUAUUUUUUUUUUACUUUUGUGCCAUAUUUAUAUUCAGACGUAAAAAACUGAGAGUUUUUUACUGUUUAACUUUUAAUAUAUUCCCGGUAUUUUAAAUUUUAAAACAAGGCCAUUAUUGUCAAAUGCUCUUUAAAUCCCAUCCGUUUGCGAAGAUCAAAUGCAGCUGUGGGAGCAAUGUAAUGUUUGGUACAAUUGAUGCAGUGAUCUUGCUUAUGAGAACCGCAUAGAAAGGACAGUUAGUAGCCUUAGAGGUGUCUUUAUAAGUGUCUUCAUAUCAUUGUACAUGCAGUACUCUUUCAUCAUUGCUGAUCCUAGCAGUAUGUGGGAAGUGUGCCACAUAUGAACCUAGUAAAUGGCUUAGUAGCCUUACCAUCAGUGUCUCUGUAUCAUUAUACAGUACUUUUCCAUCUUUGCUGAUCCUAGCAGUAUGUAGGGCGUGUGUCACAUAUGAACCUAGUAAAUGGCUCGGCAGCCUUCCCAUUAGCGUGAGAUCAUGCCCUCGCCCUAUUAUCCCUUUAAGUCUCUCACGGGAAGAGGGCAUGAUACAUUUCUUUAUCGGAUCACAUGUAAAAAAGCCAGAAUCUGGACUUUUUUCUGAUUGGAUAGGAAACAAUACGGAUGAUUUGCGCUGUUCCAAUUGGCCAAAAUGCCGCCAUCCGUUAGUUGUUGUUGAUUUCAGUCUGCAUUUUUGCUUGCGUCAUGAGCAGUGAAUACACGCGCGAGUUCGUUAUAAAAUUUCUGCCGGCUGAGUUUUCUUAAAUUUGAAGAACGCCUAAAUAGAAAUUUCACCCAUUGAAAUAUUUUCCAUCUCAUCGUAUACUAAAAAGUUGCAGUCAAAAAUUCACCGAUCAUUUGAAUGCAAUUUGAUACCGGCUACAAGUUACAGAAGCGACAAACGGGUUCACUUUUCAAAUAAUCAAUUCAUGAAUGGAAUCUUGACCUGGUUUGACUGUAAUUCCUCCUUCAGAAACCUGCGAAUUAUUCUGAGCCAGCCUUCGCUUUCACAACACCUUUCAGUUCGUAAAAUAUGGUGCUUCAGCCUAAUUUUUUUUCACUGCUUUCGGCACAGAACGAAGUCAACGAGCUUUAACCAGUAAAUUCUUUAUUAUUUGUAGCUGUUAAAUAAAGGUACGGCAGCUCCAGCUAGCAGUAUUUGAACACAUUUAAAAUUCUUUUUAGGAAGCGCCAUCUGAACAUGGACGUACUUAAAAAUUUUCUUUUCCCUAAAAUUGAUUUCAAGAGACAUUAUUUGCGCCAAAAUUUGAUUCCCGUAUGGUAAACGCUUAUUGGCAACCUAUUGGCUAAUAACAUGACAGGUCAAGGAGACGUUAGAUUAUGUAAAUUAGGGGGUGGUUAACGGCUUGUUAAAUGAAUGUAUCAGGCGUUAUUUUUUUCCUCUCUCGAGCCAAAGGAACAAAGAAGCAAAAAAAAAAAAAAAAACGCCUGAUCUCAGGUUACCUUCCCAUCUGUGUCUCUGUAUCGUUAUACAGUACUCUUUCAUCAUAUCUGAUCCUAGCAGUAUGUAGGAAGUGUGUCACAUAUGAACCUAGUAAAUGGCUUGGCAGCCUUCCCAUCUGUGUCUCUGUAUCAUUAUACAGUACUCUUUCAUCAUUGCUGAUCGUAGAAGUAUGUAGAACGUGUGUGAGUCUUUUUACUCUUUUUUUGUAUUCUCCUCAGAAAAUAUGGAGGAUCUACGUGGAUCAAGCGUACAAACGCCUGCACUUGGUGGAAACUUUCCAGGGCCAUCAAGGGAAAUACGGCAGCACGAAGCAAAUUUAGAGAGGCAGCUCAGAGAGAUGCGGCAACGCGAAGAAAGCUUACAAAGCCAGCUUAGGGAGAUGCGGCAACGUGAAGAAAACUUACAAAGGCAGCUGAGGGAUACUCAGCAACGUGAAGAAAACUCGCAAAGGCAGGUGAGGGAGAUGCAGCAAAACUCACAAAGGCAGUUAAGCGAGAUGCAGCAAAACUCACAAAGGCAGCUCAGGGAGAUGCAGCAACGUGAAGAAAAUUUGCGAAGACAGUUGAGAGAAAGAGACCAGGAAGUAAAUGAACUUGAGUUAAGUCUUUCGUUAGCCCAGCAAACAAUAAGUGAACAGCAACAACAGGAAACAUGCGAUUGGGUCAUUUCCCGCGAUGACAUUCAAAUGACCAAUAAAUGCCUUGGCAGGGGAGGCUGGGGAAGUGUUUAUGAAGGCGUGUAUUGUGGCUGCACUGUAGCAGUAAAGCAAAUUCAUGAUCUGAUUCUCUCCCCUCAUAACAUACAUCUUUUUGAGAGAGAAAUGAAUAUUGCAUCCAAGUGCCGCCAUCCUCACUUGCUUCAGUUUAUCGGCGCCACUAACGAUGAGGGAAACCCUCUGUUUGUGACCGAGCUGAUGGAGAAAAGUUUGCGAGCUCUGUUAGAACAGCGACAACUCGCCGAAAUAGAAAUACGCGUAAUUUCUCUGGAUGUAGCCCGAGCAAUUAACUAUCUUCAUCAGAAGAAACCAGAGCCUAUCAUUCACCGGGAUGUGAGCAGUGCGAAUGUGUUGCUAUGGCGACAGGGUGACCAAUGGAGAGGCAAAGUGUCAGAUUAUGGCACUGCUAAUUUCAUGCAGCAGACCAUGACAGUAGCUCCUGGAGCUAUGAUUUACAGCGCUCCUGAAGCGCUUACAUCAAACCAAACAGUCAAGGUAGGUUUUAGUGAAUUUAGAAUUUUUUUAUUCAGCACUGGUUUAUCAACAUCUUCAGACUUCAAAGAGACGCGUUGGUGCAGUCAUCUUGAGCGCGUAGCUACUUUAAGGCCAGGUUGUUCUCAGCUAGGAAAUCCGAACAGAUGAAAAAUUCUUGGGGGAUAAAAAUAUGCCUAUAUCUACCGUUUAAAUACUAAAAUACGUUCAACAAUGCUAUUUUUAAGUGGUUUUGAACUAUGUUCUCGUUGGGUGCCCCUGUUAAACCAUCACCAUUUGAACUCAAAUGUACAUGGCUCCAUUAUUAUGGUCGUUUUCAGGAGUUAGCUACAAUGAGGGACAAAAGUGUUGAGACACUUCCGUAAAAUGGCCCCUUUUUGCAUAGUGGACAUACCUAUCCCCUUACCCUGUUUACCCCAACCCCUUCCCCCCAAAAUCAAUGUUGUAUUUUGGACCCUGAAGUCUUUCUUUUACUUCAGACAACAUUGAUUCGGGAUUUACGGCGUUUAAGGGGAACGAAAUAAUACAUGAAUUAAAUGUUUGAUAAAAGCACCCGUUUUAAACAAGUGUGUCAGAUACUUUUGUCCGUGAUUGUAGGUGUUUAUGUCACGAAAACAAAUUAAGCUGCAGGCGUCUGUUGUGAUUUAAAUGUUUCUCAUUAGUUCUUCAGUUAAUCAUUGUGGCGACUUCGUAGACAAAACUGAUAGGACCGGUUUUUUAAACGAAGUCCAACUUAUGCCGCGGUUUAGGAAAUCUUGGGACCUCCAUGUCUCUUCCUGAGUGAGUUCUUUUAAGAAGAUAAAUGCUUUUCUUGUCCACAUUAUAUGCUCUAAUGAAACUGUUCACUUUAAAUGGUGUCUACAUAAAAGCGUUCGGCAAACUAAAAAUGGAUUAAAACACGUUUUUGUUAAACACUGACUAAACUGCGUUUAAAUAACUGGUCUCUAGAGUAGAACGUUUCUUCAACGACUGCCUUUUGAGAGAGAGUGACGUCCUUGCUUAAAAAGAUCACCUGAUUGUAAUAAUUAUAUUCUCACCGGGGCCAUCCGCAAUCCGCAAUGUCAGUAAUGCUAGUAAGAUAUGAGAGGCUAAGCCCGAGGCGGUAGGAGCGAGUUGCUCGUUUUUCGAUAGCUACAAUCACUGACAAAAGUUUUUGCACAUUUGUCUUUAGACAAUUUCUUGCUGUAAAUCAUACAACUUUAAAUUCCAGCUCCUCCUGGGUAUUACAGCCGACAGUGGUAAUGCAACAUUUUGGGGCGGGUGGUAAACAAGAUUAAUUGCGGUGAAAAGAGUGAAUCGUGAAGAGAAACUAACCUUGAAUAAGAAACCCACAAUGCACAGAAACGUACUACAGGUGGAUUUCCACUUUCGCUUAAUACGCGCGUAUAUAAAAUAGAGGCAAUAUAUAGAAGGUCAGGCGUAAAAGAAAAAGUUGAACAUCGCUCAACGAGCGUAAAAAUUUGCUAGCGUAGGCACGUGAAAAUUACGCGAUAGAAGAAAUCAAUCCUAAUAGAAUAGGUACGGGCUAUAGGCGGCGAGCUGGAGUAACAACAUCUUUUUAAAAGACUUUCCUUAUUAAAGCUUAUUAAGGGUGGAUUUCCAUUGUCGCGUAAUUUUUACGUGCGUAAAAUUUACGUUCGCAAAUGAAGUAGGGGCAAUGUUUGAAAGGUCGCACGUAAACGUAAAAUUUGAACUUCGCUCAACUUCACGUUUUUUUAAAAAAGCUCAACACUUUAUAUCUUGCCUCUAUUUUUAUUUACGACAUAAAAAUUUACGUUACAGUGGAAAUCUACCAUAAGUGACAUUAAAACCAGAAUGUAAUACCGAACCAAAAUGCUCCCAACAACGUUCGAUGCUUAAUGACCUUUAUAGAGAGGUUAUUUUGGCCUUUGGGACGGACCUUUGAGGUUUUUGUCCAGAGGUUCAAUAAAAGUAAACAUAUUGUCUGUCCGCUAGGACAAAGAACAUAUUUAGCAGUAGAGUUUCGACUGUAGAAGCAGAUAGGCCAGUAAAUAAAUAAUAACCACACUGUUCUUGUCUACUUCAGUUGUUUUUGUAGGGGGGAGGGUAGGGGUGGAGGUGGGUGCUUAUUAACUUUUCUUCCCUACAGGAUAGGAUAGGUGCUUAUUCGAGAUCGGCUACAUUGUAAUUCGAGGCUGGGCGCUUCAUUGAAUAAAUACGAUAUGUGUUAGACUUUAUAGUCCUUUAUCUCCUGAAUUUGCCAAGGAACAGUCAAAUGGAGACGCGAACUUAACCCCUCCCCCCCCCGCCUCCACCUUAAUCUGCAUAAUUCUUCAGAUCAUACUCAGCUUCACCUAAUAAAUGUUAAAUAGCUAAAUAGAAAUUAAAAAUGACACUAAGUGCUGGGUAUAACUGGUAGUAGUAUAAUAGGAUGCUCUAAGGCAAAUAACAAGAAAUAAUCUGUGUAUUGUUCAUAGGUUGAUGUUUAUAGCUUUGGUGUGCUUCUUUGUGAAAUGUGCAUCCGGCAACUUCCAGAUCCGAGAAGACGUGAACAGCAAGUUCUACUAAUGACGAAUCGCGCCCUAAGAGGCCUGGUACGGCGAUGCCUGCAGGCAGAUCCUGAAGCGAGACCAACCAUGCAGGAUAUAAUCGAUGAACUAUCCAGAGCUGUGUAA